CAAUAAACAUAAUAUCAAUAAUGAAAAAAUGUCAAUUGAUAUUAAUUUUUUUAAUGUCAUAUAAUUUCUUAAAAAUGAUUGAAUGCCAUCAUGGAAGAGCAAUAAGAGGCCUAAAACUAGCUCGACAAAUAAAUUUUAAUCUAACAGCAGUUGUUACACCAGAGCCAAUAACAAAGAGUAUCAUUGAUGAUUUUAGAGAUCAAUAUAAAAUAGGAAUUAUUAAUGAUUCAAUAUUACGUAAUGAUACACGUAAUUUAUUUAAAGAAAUUCUCAAAAAUAAAAGCCCAGAUUUAAUGGACUUACUUGAUGAAAAUUUCGAUAGAAUUGAUGAAUUUUAUAUACCAUUUAAUGAACUUUUAAAAUCUCGUAAUGAAGUAAAUUUUUCAGAAUUAGGAAAAUUUUUUAAUGUUGUAUUAUCAGAUGGUGCAAAUGGUGUUAAAUAUGCUCUUAAACAAAUGGAAAUAACAGUAAAAAAAAUAUUAGAUACAAUUAAUUCAAUUGAUGAAUCAAAAAAAGAUUCUAAAUCUCGUUUUUGUGGUAGUGAACCUGUAUUACGUCAAGAAAAUGUCUUUCAAUUUCUUAAAGUUAUUGUUAAUAAAACAUUCAGUGGACAUUACUUGAUAAUAUCAGCAGCUAAAUUUAUCACAAGAUCUGGAAAAGCCGGUUAUUUAAGUAAAAUGCAGGAGAUGGUAGAAGUAGCAAGAAGAGAAAUACUAAGUUAUACUAAUCUUGUACGUAAUGCAAUGGAAAAAACAUCAAGAGACAUGGGUUCUUGUAACUAUGAUGUUGAUAUUAAAAAUAAAACAUAUCUUGAAUUAACUGGACCAUCACAAGGUUUUAUAUUUGAAUCAUCAGAAGUUGAUGAAAGAUAUUCAUGUCAAUCAUUCAAUGGUCAACCUGAUCAUUGUGGACCUCGUGAUCCAUUAUGUUUUUUGCAUACUUGCUCAGCAGAUGGUGGAGUUCUUCAAAAUUGUGAAACUAUCAGUACAAACACUAUGGCUAUAUGUCUAUCAGGAGAUCCAUCAAAACGUUAUUUAUCAGCUGAAAGUAAUUCUCAAAUAUAUGGAAAUCAAUCAGCAGCUAAACAUUGUCCAUUAAAUUAUAUUAAAAGACAAGUAACAUUAAAAAAAUGGAAGAAAGGUGAUGUUCGAGCAAUAUCUUUCGAUUGGGCUUCAGCUGAUAUUCAAUCAAAUAGGGUUGUUACUAACUUGCGAUUUCGUGAAAAAAAUGGUAUGAUUUCAUUGGUUCCACAAACUGGUGUUCUUUUACCUGGUGGAUUGAUUGAUCAAAAAACACUACGCUGGAUUUUACCUUUCACUCAAGAACCCAUUAUUACAGAGGAUAAACUAUCAUAUUAUUAUCCAGCUGAUAAAAGAAAUCCACUGAGUGGACAAACACUGCAUGCUGGUAAAAAUUUCAUGCAGAUAACAAGUGGUUUAUCAAUAAAUCUUGAUGAUAUUACUGUUCCAUCAAAACAUGUUAUUACUGGUGUUCGAUUGAAUAAGGCUCAAUCACCUGAAGAUGUGAAUGAAAAUGUCAUUGAAUUAGUUGUUAAGUCAACAGAAUUUGAUUUUAAAACUGGUCAAUUAAUAAAUUUAAAUGAAACAGAGUUAUCUGGAACGACAUUUAUGACAGCAGAAUUUGCACAGACAAAAAGGCAAAAAAUAAAUCUUGGUGAAACAAAUACUCCAAUAUCAAAACCAGGUGAAAAUACUGUAAUUUCAGAACCUUAUCAACAACUUGAAUUUCGUCAAACUAGUAAAAAUGAUGAUCUUGGACAAUCAUUUGUUCCAUUUAUUGAUAUAAGAGGAGCCAAUACAAAAGUAGCAAUGCCACUUUCAACAGUUAGUCUUUUUCACAGAGGCUGUGCUGAAUCUGGUGGUUUUAUUGCAUUUAAAUAUCAGUCAUUUGAUAUUUCUGAAUAUUUUGACAACUUUAUUGACUUGGCUUUAUUUGUUGACGAAACAAGUCAUUCAAAUUUUUAUCACUCUUUAAUAGAAUAAAGGAAUAAAGGGCCAACUUUUAAAAUUAUAUAUUAUUUGAAAAAAAAAAAAAAACAAA